AUGACAAACCAAUCAGAGGAAUUUAUGAAGAAACUGGAAGCCUUCAUGACCCAACAAACCCAAAGCACAAGUGAAUUGAAGGCUGCGGUGGAAGCCUUGCAAGCCAAGCAAGCGACAUUGGAGGAAGGCUUAUCUGCAUGGAGCCAUAACAAAUCCAAUAAACAAGGGGGUUCGGAAGCUAGUGUGGAGGAGGAGAUAGAGAUGGAGUCAUUCGAUGAUCCACCAGAGCAAAGUCAAGGAAGAGGCAGGGGGACAGGUUUCGGCCCCGACAGUGCUCGAGAAGCUAAAGGACCGACAAUUACCACGGUCGUCGGACGGGGAAAGGGUCCUGUUGGGGGACAACCAAAUGGAUCAGGUCAAGUAAUCGGGAAAGGGAAUGAUUCAUGGCGAACUGGGAAACCACAACCAUUUAAGCACAGUUGGGACUAG